AUGGAAAACCAGACAACAGUGUAUACAUUGGUUCUUGCUGGACUGUCUGAUCUUCCGAGUCUUCAGCUUCCUCUGUUCCUGGUGUUUCUCCUCAUCUAUCUUAUAACUCUGACUGGGAACCUUCUCAUCCUUCUCCUGAUCUUCACUGAUUCCCAUCUUCACACCCCCAUGUACUUCUUCCUUGCAACCCUGGCAUGUCUGGAUAUGGGUUACUCCUCAGUCACUGUCCCAAGAAUGCUCUUUGAUUUACUCACAGGUAGAAGGGUAAUUUCUGUACGAGACUGUAUAACUCAGAUCUACUUCUUGAUCUACUUUGCUCUAUUAGAAGUAUCUGUGCUGGCAGUAAUGUCCUAUGACAGAUACGUUGCUAUCUGCCACCCUCUUCACUACAUGCAGAUAAUGAACUGGAAAGUUUGUGUCCAGCUUGUAUCAGGCAUUUUAGGUUUUGCUUCAAUAUAUACCUUGGUGCACACUCUUUUUUUAACCAAACUGACCUUUUGCAGGCCUGAUGCUUUGCAAAGUUUCUUUUGUGACCUGCCCCAGUUGCUUCAGGUCUCCUGUAGUGACACAUUCAUCAAUGUUUUGCUAAUAUUUCUCUUUGGGAUAUUCUAUGGAGGUGUUGUUUUAUCAGUCAUCAUUUACCCAUACAUCACUAUAAUCAGAACUGUUCUAAAAAUCUCAUCAAAAGCCAUGAGAUCCAAAGCUUUCUCCACCUGCUCCUCCCAUCUAACUGUGUUCUUUAUAUUUUACAGCACUAUUAUCUUUAAUUACUUCCGCCCAAAUGCAAAUCUGAGGAACCAGGAGCUCAAAAUCUCACUAAGAAGAAUGUUACAGAAUGUAGAUUGUAGGCAUAAGAUUGCCCAGACUAGGUAA